AUACAUUCUUUUUUUUUUUUUAACUCCAUUGGACGCGCAACCGCAUAUUAAUAUUUUCAACAAUAAAUAAAUUAUCCAGUUUAAUUAAAAGCCAGUCUUAUCAUAAUUAACAAAAUAAAUAAACAAUAAUUAAUUAAAUUUGUUUUAUUGAUUAAUUUAAUUUUAUCAUUAUUUUUUUAAACAAAUUUUAUAACUGUGACAUAUUUUGGUGUAAGAGAAAAAUGAAGCCAAAACGUAGUAGAUCAAUGUCACCAGAAGCAUCAAGUAGUCGUGGUACUAAAAUCCAAAAAAUAUCUGAUUACAAGACAAAGCCAAUUGAUGAUCAACCAGUACAAAGAGUUCAAUUAUUAGAUUUUUCAGAUGACGUUAUUUUAAAUAUUAUGAAGUAUUUAAAUCCACAAGAUCUAAUGUCAUUGAGUUUAUGCUGUCAUUUGUUAAAUCGAGUUGGUCGUGAUAGAACAGUAUGGCAUACUGCAGAUUUUCGUUCGAAACCAAUGCCAUUUGAUGAGCUACGUUUGUACCUUAAAUAUUUUCAUCCAACAACAUCAAGCAUAUCAAUUAAUGGAAAAAUUAAUGAUAACAAUGAAUUAUAUGAACUUAAACAGUAUUUUUUAAAAACUGUUUGUAAAUUAUGUACGUCACUCAAGGAAUUAAUUAUUGAAGAAUAUAAAAUUAUCAGUACAGAGAUAAAAAUUAGUGAUUUUCCAACGACACUAGAAACUUUGUCAUUAAAAGGAACUAAUGUUUGUGAUUUAUCAACAAGUAGAUCAUAUUUUUUUAAGCUAGAUCAACUGAUGCCCAAUUUAACAACUUUAAUAUUGACAAAUUGUCAAUGGUUAACUGGUCAUUCAUUAAUGGUAAUAAGUAAAAUACCAAAAUUAAAAGAAUUACGUAUAAAUUCAUGUAAAAAUCUUGGUGAAUGUGUUGCAUAUGCUAGUUUAUCAACACGUUUUGGUUUUAAAACAUUAGAAAAAUUAGAUUUAAGAUGUACAGCAUUUGGUGAUAGUGAAUUGCGUUGUUUUGGUAAUACAACAACAUUGACACAUAUUUAUUUGGAAUAUUCACAAGAAUUAAAUAAUCAACAAUUAGAAAAUAGACCACAGCAACAAUUGGGACAACCAGUUUAUGAAGAUAAUCAUCUUGUACAAUAUGUGGCAAAUAAUGAUAUUAAUAUGCUUAGACCAGAUCAAUCAAGUUGUCGUAUUACUGACAGAUCAAUAUGUGCACUAGGAAGUUAUUUAUGUGAUAGACGUGUACUUGAUAAUGCAAUAAGAAAUGUUAUUCUUGUUGAAGAAGAUAUUCGAGUUUUAAAUAAUCCAAAUUUAACUAAUCUAGUACUCAGAAAUUUUUCAAAAGUUACCAAUCAAAGUUUGAUACAUUUGGCAGCAAAUGCCGAUAAACUCAAGUAUCUUGAUGUUACUGGCUCGGGGGUAACUGCAGAAGGAGUCAGAACAUAUACUUUGGCCAGACCUGAUGUUACACUUAUAUCCUCUUAUUACUAGCCAUAAAAUCAUAUGUAAAUUAUCAAUUUAUAUAAUCAAAAAUCAUGGAAACCAGUAAAGGUAAUAGACAUAGAAUUAUAACAAUUUUUUUUCACACACUGGGUGGUGUUUUUUUUUUUAUUUUAUCAUUCAUUAAUGUAAUGAUUUUUAAAUUGAUUUUUUUUUUUGUAUGAAGUAAUCAAGUUGUAUUGAUUGUAUUUAGAUUUUAACAAAAUUAAUUAGUUUUAUCAACGAGAAUGAAAAACGGCUGGUGCCAGAUGAA